UCGUAAUCCUGACUUAGUUGACCGCUGCGUGCCGUACUUGCAUGUCCUUACCACGAGUAGUGCUUAUAAAAACUGUGUCAAAAUGGGAAUGCCUGACAGUAGGAAGCCAGAGUCAUGGUGGGUAUCAGCAGUGCUCAAGACCAUCCGCGCAGUCGCGUUGGUCUUCGACAUCCUCACCUUCCCAGUACACCUCAUAGUCCAGAGGCCAUGGAGGAGACGAGCGCUCUCCAGACGAAUCAAGGCCCGUAUAAUCCAAACCACACAGAACAGCAUCACAGUUCGAUCAGUGUCGUCUCCGUGUGAUCUGCACUUGCGCCUGGUCCGCGAUGGAGUCACCUCCAUGGAGAGCAUGCUGAGGGCCGCGGCCGCGCGCUGGGCUGACCGUCCUUGUCUCGGCACUCGUACCGUGCUCAGCGAGGAGGAUGAGCCGCAGCCGAACGGACGGGUCUUCAAGAAGUUCAACAUGGGCGAGUACGUGUGGCGUACAUACGUGGACGUGGAGAAGGAGGCGCGCCACUUCGGCGCCGGACUGCGCGAGCUCGGCUGCCAGCCGCGCCAGAACAUCGUCAUGUUCGCUGAGACGCGCGCCGAGUGGAUGAUCGCCGCGCAUGGUUGCUUCAAGCAGAGCAUUCCUGUCGUAACAAUCUACGCUACCCUGGGUGACGAAGCGAUAGCGCACGGUAUCAACGAGACAGAUGUAUCUACUGUGAUCACCACCUACGACCUUCUGCCUAAGUUCAAGAAGAUCCUGGCCAAGACGCCCAAGGUAGACACCAUCAUCUACAUGGAAGACCAGCUCAAGAGCAUCGAAAGGGAGGGGUACAAACAAGGCAUUAAGAUUAUCGGAUACAAGGAUGUUGUGGCGAAGGGAGCUGCGUCUAAAAUUGAACCGGUCCCACCGUCCCCAUCAGACACGGCCAUCAUUAUGUACACGUCAGGCUCGACGGGUGUGCCGAAGGGGGUGAUCCUGUCCCACCGCAAUAUGUUGGCUACUCUCAAGGCUUUCGCCGACGCCAUGCCUAUCUACGACGGAGACAUUCUUAUGGGAUUCCUGCCACUCGCACACGUAUUCGAACUGCUUGCUGAGAACCUUUGCAUGAUUGGAGGAGUUCCCAUCGGCUACUCUACUCCACUCACCAUGUUGGACACAUCAAGCAAGAUCAUGAAGGGCACUAAGGGAGACGCCACUAUUUUGCAGCCCACUUGCAUCACUACUGUACCGUUGAUUAUGGACCGUAUCAGCAAGGGUAUCACGGACAAGGUGUCGCGUAGUGGAGAGUUCGCGAGUGCAUUCUUCAAGUGGGCUUACACGUACAAGCAGACCUGGAUGCGACGUGGAUACGACACGCCUCUCCUUAACAAAUUGAUGUUCGCCCGCAUCCGCGGUCUGCUGGGCGGGCGCGUGCGCAUGAUGAUCUCUGGCGGCGCGCCGCUGUCGCCGGACACGCACGCGCAGGUGCGCAUCUGCCUGUGCUGCUCCGUGGUGGCCGGCUACGGGCUCACCGAGACCACGUCCUGCGCCACCGUCAUGGACCCGCACGACCGCUCCACCGGACGCGUCGGCGCGCCCACCUCCGGCACCGACGUCAGGCUGCUCGACUGGGACGAGGGCGGCUACAGGGUCGACAACAAGCCCUACCCCCAGGGUGAAAUUGUAAUUGGAGGCGAUUGUGUAGCAGAAGGAUACUACAAGAACCCAGAAAAGACCAAGGAAGAGUUCAUCGACGCCGAAGGCAGGCGUUGGUUCAAAUCUGGAGACAUUGGAGAACUACAUCACGAUGGAUGCAUUAAAAUUAUCGACCGCAAGAAGGACCUGGUGAAGCUGCAGGCGGGCGAGUACGUGUCGCUGGGCAAGGUGGAGGCGGAGCUGAAGACGUGCCCCAUCGUGGAGAACAUCUGCGUGUACGGCGACAGCUCCAAGUGCUACACCGUGGCGCUGCUCGUGCCCCAUCCGCUGCAUCUGGCCGAGCUCGCCGCGCGCCUCGGCCUGCCCGACAUGGACUUCGACGCGCUCUGCCAGAACCCCACCGUCGAGAAGGCCGUCGUCAAGGAGCUCGCCGACCAUGCCAGGAAGUGCGGUUUGGAGAAAUUCGAAGUACCUGCAGCGGUGAAACUGGUGACGGAAGUGUGGUCCCCCGACAUGGGUUUGGUGACGGCGGCGUUCAAGAUCAAGCGGAAAGACAUCCAGGAGCGGUACAAGGAGGACAUCAAGCGCAUGUACGCGUCGUGAGCUGUGAGCGCGUCCGUACCUUAGUCUCGUUAAGUCGUGUACAUAUUUGUGUCUUACGUCUAAAUAUCGUAGUGUGUAUUAUUGUAAUACUAAAUUUUCGCUUGUGCGCCUGCGGACGGAUGAUCGUAUCUUUUAUGUAUAAAAAGUAAGUACACCGUUUGACUGGUCAAACGCUUCUGUUGAGAUUCUUUGUGUAAAUUUAAAAUUAUGUAGAUCUGAAGUGGAGAGUGCGCUGUGCGUGAUUGGAAAGUAAAUUUUACGUCAUUAUUAUAGAAUUCCUCGGAUAUCGUGUAGAUAUUGGCCUAGCAUCUCAUGUGUAGAUAGCUAUUGUCCCUACCAUGAAACUCGUACAUUUGUUCCUACGUGUUUUUAAAAGACAAAAUAAAUGUUUCGUGGUCGGGACGAAACGUCGCUAGACUAAGAUAAUUGUAUUAGUACUUAGGGGGAUCGGGGAUAGUGUUUGCAAUGUAAUAAUAAUAAUUUUGCAAUAAAUUCAUUUUUGUUCAUCUGUUUAUUUGUAUUAUAAUAAUGAAGAUGACUCAUUUGAGAAAUGAGUGUUCAUGGCGAGCUCAUUGUGUUGCAUAAUGUUAGCAGAAUGAUAUGUUUUAAUGUAUUAAUGUAGUACUGUUAUGUUGACACAUGAUGCAUUAGUACAAGCAUAAUAAAACAUUCAUGAAUAUUUCUAGGUUUACGCUAAGAAAAUAUACUUACUCCACAAAUAUCAUGUAAACAUUUUAUCAUUGUACGACUACAUAAUUCGUUAAAGUUUUAGGUAGUAACAAAAUGUGUGCGUGUCAACAUAAUUAGGUCGGAUUAUAAAUUUGUUGAUUAGUUUUUAUUGUUUUGUAAAUCAUGGCUAAAGUUGUUUAGCGUCUCUGUAGCGCCGAGAGGGGUCGGGAGGGAGCUAGUCAAUCUUACUAUACAAUGUUACAGCAUUUUAACCGUCGCCCGCAUUUCGCUGAGCAUUUACAUUUACAUACAUUUAAUAUAAACCUUUUAAAAUAAAUUUAUUAAUGUAAUCAAUGUUACCUGAACAAACGUUAAAUUCCAUUGAUGUAUUUAAAUGUGAGACCUCGAGUUUAACUGUAUGGUAUCGUUAUAUUUUUCGAUGUAAUCAUAUUAUAAUCAUUGAAAUGAUCUUAAUAUUAUCAUCAGUGUACUGUUGUAGAUGUUUGCUCAGUUCACGUGACUGUAACUUUGUGUUUGAAAUUCUUAAGCAUUGCAAUGAAAACCAAUUUUGUAUUAUUUAUUGAAUAAAUGUUAAUAAAAUCAGUA